GAGGCGGACAACAAGCAGCUCCAGGACUGGGAGAAGAAAGCGGAUGAGAUGCUGCAGGUCAAUGACGUGACCAGGCUGGAGAAGGAUUUGCUGGACUUGCUCAUUGGCUUCAGCCGCGUGAUGCCAAGUUUCGUGGGCUUCCCGGCGCUGCAAAACGCCUUCAAGACCCCGGAGGCCCAGGUGAAGGUGGUGCUGAAGGUGGUGAAGAAUCUCCGAGUGGUUCUGAAGAAGAUGCAGCUGGACAAGCUGCCCGCUGAGACUCAGCCCAAGGUCCGGAGCUUGGUGGUCUAUGUCUACUGCCUGGUCCAAGAAGCCUGGAAUACCUACGGCGCCUCGGCAGGGAUGGGGCCUGCGGCUUUUUGGGCCAAGGGCAAUUUGGAGGAAGAAGAGUUCGACGAAUAUGCCGAUGAGUUCGAGGAGCAUCUAGUGAGCGUGCUCGAGUACAACUUACCAGAGGUCCUGGCUGGGCGGCUGUCGCGUGCGAGCGUCCGCUUCCGGCGCGCCUUGGACCUGGGCUGCGGCACGGGGCUCUGCGGCCGCGCCCUGCGGCGGCGAGCGGCGCUGGAUCGCCUCGAGGGCGUGGACCUGUCGGGCGGCAUGUUGAAGCGCGCGCGGGAGCGCGGCGGCUAUGACCAGCUCUGGCAACGGGAUCUGCUGGCGCAGCUGCAGCGAGAGGAGGCGAAGGCUGCAGAUCUGCUGGUGGCAGCGGAUGUGUUCAUCUACGUGGGCGCCUUGGAUCAGGUCUUCCGGGAAGCCUACCGAGUUUUGGAGGAAGGCGGGCUCUUUGUCUUCUCUACAGAGCUUGCUCACGAGGAUGAUACCAUGGAGGACAUGGUCAAGCGGGAGUCAGGGCGAUAUGCUCACAAGCGGAGUUACAUCGAACGCCUUGCUGCUGGCGACGCUGACCAGCCGUAUUUCUCAGUGGAAGUUGAAGCAUUGCCUCUACGCAUUGAGGACGACCUACCUUUAGAAGGUGAGCUGUUCAUGCUACAGCGUCUUCCGCAUGUUCAGCGUUGA